AUGUUUCAUAAUACUGGUAUGAACUAUGAAGUACAGCAGUUGCGUGAAGGUAGCGUGAACGGGCUGGAGAAUGAUGCCCCAAUGGAAGGUUUCAGACACAUCAGCGCGAUUCCCAUACGUGUCAGUCGAGAGCAGUCAAGCGGUAUGCAUGUUGAAUCGCAGCACAACAACAACACGACUAUGAGUGUGGAUCCCAAGACGUACUCGCUGGCUAACUUGAACAUCUUCCAAAACAUCCCAAAGGAGACUGCCAGAGGUGUUGAUGAUCUCAGCCGGAUGCGUAUGUCCCUCCUAAGUGGUAUCCCAGAAGAGAUUAAAUGGGCAUUGAAGAAAUAUCUGGCAUACAGUAACAAAGCUCCAUACAUGAUCAACUUACAGAAAUCCAAGGAACUUCUGCCUCUAUUCAACCGUUUCAUUGAGCAGCUAGUUGAUUUGAUAAACAAAUUUAAUGAACCUUUGAUAGACGGUGCGUCAGCUAUGGAGAAACUACAGGCAGGUUUAAAUUGUCUUUUGAUCCUAAGAAACUUGGCCCAGGACCAGGACUCUGUACAAGCAUUGAUUAGAUAUGAACCAAUAAAGAAAUUCUUGCUAUUCGUGUUGCAGAAAUAUGCUUCAUUGGCAGAUUAUGAUCCAAAAUGGACCGUCUAUGAGUCUAACACCUCUUAUCUGAACGAAAUAAUACACUACUCUCUGGAUCUGAUUGAAGCGAUGUCCUCCUACAUGGCUCCUGCUAUGAAAGGUGAUCCUUACUUCCUAGCGUUAUUAAAAGUUUUGGGUUACACUAAGGAUAGAUCAAUGGUGAUAUCGAUAUUAAGGUCACUCUCUAGACUACUUGUUAGAUCUAAGGCAGAUGAAGAAAGCGUUGUGGAUAACAUUAAUCCAGAUACGUUAACACAAAUUGUCUGUUUCUUAUUGAUCGAAUGUGAUGAGGAACUUGUCAUCGCUUCGUUAGACUUCUUGUAUCAAUAUAUCCUUCCAGGAAACCAAAGAAUAAAAGAACUUUUCUCCGAUCCAAAAAGAUUUUCCAUUUUUAUAUCUAUCAUACCAAAACUGUUAACUUAUAAUGUCAAAUUACCGCAAUACGAAACUCUAAAGCAUACAGAAGUCAAAUUAAUAAAACGUUUAAGACCUCCGGCACCAGAAGAAGUGCCGGAUGUUGAUGAGGAGUUAUUCAACCAACUACUUUCGAUGAGUGAGCCAUUGAGAUCGACUACCUGGCUAAGAUGUUGUUUUGAAUCAAUGGAUGAUGCAGAAUUUACUCAAAUUGCGCUUUGGAGGGCAUAUGAAUCCAGAUUUGGACCAAAACUGCGUGAAAGUUCGAGGAAACUUUUACCGGCUGUUGAAUUUAUAAAAAAUGUCUCGAAUUCCUUUAGAAAUGCAUCAGCAAUGGUGGUUACAGAGCCAGAAACUGGAAAGAAAAGAUUCAUCAUAAAGGGAAUACAGCCAAGACACAAGGCCAUCAGUAUUAGAGAAUCUGCAGAAUUGCUAAGGCAACAACACUUGAAUACUUCUAAAUUCCUAUUCAAAGAUGGAGAUAAUAUUGUACCAGCCAAACAAGAAAACCUUCCUUCAAUCACAUUUACAGACGAUUUAUCUGACGUAUCAAAGGUAGCAGCUUCGUUCUUGUGCCUGGUUUCUAACGAUAAUGAGGGGCCAGGUACUAAAUUUUGUCAGACAAUUAAGCCAGUUCUUCUCCAUGAACUUGCAGAUGUUCCACCUUUGAAUGCAGUACUUUCUGAAUACAUGGAUAAUGUAUUGUUAAUGUAA